AUGGCCGAGAUUGAACCAACCGAUGAAGAUACUACGACCGAAUAUCUCGAUGACACUACAGACAUGGAGGUUACGGAGGAUACAGAGGGUACAGAAGAUACAGAGCGGGAAGGAAAAGACGAAGAAACCGUAACCGAGGAAGAAACAAUAAAGGAAGAAGAGGACGAAGAUGUCGUAGAAUAUGAAGAUGCAUCCACAAAAGUUAGAAAGAAACACGGGAAGAAGAAACUGAAAAGUUGGAUGGAACGAUAUCCUCAAUUACGAGUACUUCAUCAGGUACACUUCUCCAAAUCCGACACAGCGGUAGAGCCACAGAUAUCAAAGACCGAUGACGAUAGAUGGCCAGGAAUGUGGCCGUGCACGACGAGAGACAUGGCAAAAGAAUUGCUGGAGAGACGAAGGCAGAAGCGAAUGAAACGAAAAGAUCUGUUUCCCUGCGAUCCGGACUAUGUACGCGAUGGUUUUCAAGAUUCGAACAACGAUUAUUCCGAUCGUAAGGAAUUAGGUCAUGCUCGAAUCCCACAAUCUUGUCCCCUACCAACCAAGGAGAUGCUAGUCGAUCGUGCUGCUGGUGAACAGCACGGUUUAGUAGACGGUGAUUACAUCAUUUUCGAGUUACCCUCGAAAGCUCGGGGAACCAGGAUCUACGCAGAUGUAUGUCUUCGGGGGUUGAAGGGUAUGCAUUUGCCAGAAAUGGGAGUUCUACGAGCGCGCAAAAGGACGUGGAAGUUCUGCUUUUAUCAGGCGAUCGUUGCUCUUCUAGCUAAGACACAACUGAGAUACAAGUAUGCCUGGAGCGCGAACAUCGAUUACGUGUACGAUCACGCGUGGUUGCUGUACACCCACAUGGGUAUGAUCAAUAUCAAGGACAAGCAAAGGCUAGACGAUAUCGUCGUGUACAACUACAAAUACAGCAUCGAAGUAAGAUUGAUUCAAGAAUUAAACGACGUUCCAAUCGUCACUGAUAUUCCAUGGGAUUACGAGGAAAGGAACAUGCGACGAAAAAUGAUCCUGGAACGAAAGGAGCUGAUGAACGUUAAACUGGAAAUCGGUUCCGAGAAAAUAACCGAUGAACAAAUAGCGCCAGUUCACAGAGGCAUCAAGAGAGUGCAGGAGUGGUUCGACAAACUUAAAGUACGUUAUCGUAAUUGUAUAUUCCGCACCACCCGAUUCUCCGUAGCAUUUUGGAAAGACAAUCUAUUCUGGUACUUAUACAAUCCAUAUCGAUGCGACGAAUUCGGCUAUUGGGACGAUAACGGAUAUGCUUGCAUCUUGAAGUUUUGCUCCAAAGAAUCUCUUAAAAGGCAUCUGAUGAUUCUUCUAUUAAGAGCUUACAUUUAUACUACUCCAAAACCGAGCAAAGAGGAACUAGAAAAGAAACCAGAAACUGAUACACCAGUAGCAGAAACUGAGCAACCAGUAACUGCAGAAGAUCUUGAAGCUACGGAACCAUCACUAACCAUGGAACAGGCAGAAACUGCAACAGAAUCGGGCGUUUCGGAAGAACCCAACGUUGAACGGCAAGCAAGUGGUCCGAACGAAUCGGUUCGUACACAGCCAUCAGGAAUAAGCUAUUGGAAGGAAGCGGGCGCUGCACAGCAACCAGAAACAGCCGAAGAAGAGGCAGAAGAAAAAUUCUUCACGAUCCAAAUUUUCCACGUGUCCCAUCUCUGCUGCCAAAUUCACAAUCUUAAAUUGCUUCAACGAGGUGCACCAAAGCCACCUAAACGCUACGUGAAGAAGAAGACCAUCGACGAUUGUCCUUUCGAUCCUCUAGACAUGAGAGACCCGUGCACGAUCGAGCAAGAGGAAGGUGACCUCAAGGAAUCGAUCGAAAAACCAACAUGGCUGAAACUGUACAAGAUCACUUGGACAAAAUCACUAGCUGUUCCUCAGAAGAAAAAGGGCAGCAAGGAACUCGGCCUAGGGAAGAUGCGCUGGCAUCAAUACGUCGUAGAAGAAUCAAACAAAUUAUUUUCUUUAUGGGGUGAGAUUCAUAUCACGGAUGGUAUGUUCGAGAGAGAAAACCGCGGGAUGCAAACGUACGCUUGUUACGUGGUUUGCGCUGGUAUGACAAGAAUUAUGGCGCCUGAGUAUUGGAGUUCGAAGACACUGGACGUGAUUGUUAUGUGCGGAGACAGAUAUUACACGCAUAGUAAAUUAGAAGCAGAAUUUAAAUCCACAAAAAAUGAGUAUAGUCACGUGAAUUGUUGGAACAGAUAUUUGAUGAGUCAUUUUAAGAUCGGCGAGACGAUGUUCGAAGCAAAGGUUCUGCCAGCGAUUUGUGGUAGAUUGUACGCGAAAUCUGGCAAGUAUUUAUGGCAAUCUUUAGAACAGAUGUUCCUCAAGUAUAAAUUUGGUAUUUUAACGUGCGAAAGCUCCUGUUUAGGCGUGUUUAAAUUUUGUGGCGCUUAUUAUAUGUGUGACGUUAACUCCUUGGGCCCGCCGUUGUUUUCGUACGGAGAGGGAGCAGUUUAUCUGUUAAGAGCCACGUAUUUUUUGAAAUUCAUCACGGUUCUAGUGUUGACGAUCGGUUCACCGGAAUGCAGUCAGUUUGCUCUGAACCCUAUCGAAAUAUUGAAGGUCGUCGAUGUAGGUCCUUCUGUGUUUCCUGUUGGAAGAGCUGAGAAGAAGGAUAGAGCUAAGAGAGGUACCAAAGUCGAGUGCCCGUACGACGAGGAGAAGAAAAAACAGAUGAAAAAGUGGAAGCAUAAGAGAGCGGAAACCGCACGAACUAUCGAUAAAUUGUGCUGUAAAGGUGGAGGAUGA